GCUUAUACAUUUUACGUCUUCAGAGUACAAUCUCUGUGAAAUAUAAAACUUUCGCGGUUUUUCGGACACGCUUUCAUGAUGAUACCGGCGGAGUUUUUUUGUCGAAUUAAGCGGAUCGUCGGUUGAUAUUUAUUAUCUGUGCAAAUAUGAUUGUAGAGACAGUGCCCUACUCGGCCCAUCUUGGACUUCCUCGGCAGCAAGCUGUUGAUAAGGCAGCACCUUGACCCAACGUUUCCACUCCGAUGUAAGCAUUGUUAGAAAUUAGAAAUAUUUAAUUAUAAGUUUACAGACACGGCGCACUCGAUCGCGUAUGACCUCCUCCAAAACCGCAAUAACGAAGCAAUGGGCGAUCGGAAUUACAUCUUUCGCAAAAUGAAUGAUUCCUCGAACAUUUUGGAACUGCGGUAAACUGACGAUAAGAAAGAUUAAUGAACGAUAAUAAAUGAUCCUAACUUCAUCAUCCACCACUGGAAGAUGUACGUUUUAUUUGAAAAAAAUUCUUCAAUGAAUAAACUUUGAAGCAAUAGUAAGUGUUCAUCUCCACGUUAUGAAUCGGUGUUUUGGCAAUCUGUUGAUUUGUGAGUGCCGAGGUUUGUUAUUUUGGCGAUUAGCUGUGUAAAAAAAUCAUGUUUCGUAAAAUUCCUGCAGGUAGAUAUUUGAAUUCGCUGGCCAUGCUUUGGCGGGUCCUUUUUUGUUUUGUUCGAUACAUCGACUAUCGAUUACUACCGAUGGUCAAGGCUCGCAUGCCAAUUUCCCGCGCAUUUCAGAAUCAAUAUGGCCGACAAUCGUCUAUUGCUGGUCUCUCUUCUUUAUUACGUUUGACAAUAAUAAUCACCAUUCAAUCUUGAAGUGAAAUAAUCUGUUCGUAUUGUAUUAACUCCAGUGUGUUUGUUCAAUAAAUAAUAUGUCGAGUCCGAUGAAAAAGCCUCGUACGCCAUCCAGACAGGACGCGGAUGAGAACUCAGUGAAUGGAACUCCAAGACGUCUACGAAAAACUCCAACACCCACUGAUACCCCAUCCAGAAGUGGAACUCCCGGCAAAAAAGGCACACCACACAAAAAUGGCACGCCGAGUAAACAGGGUCGUACGCCAGAUAAAGGCAAAAACAAUCCAAUGGCUGAAACUCCAUUACGAUGGGGAACACGAGCUACCAGAGAUACAAUUGCACCUUCUUCUGAAGGGCCUUCGUCAGUACCUGCAUCUUCACCUACUCAAGGUGUACAAGUUACAAGUCCUUUGGCAGUUGGAAUGAGUGAAAUAGAUUUAUCCUCACCCUUGUAUUAUGGAACUCCUAGUUCUCUCGGCUCAAUAAGAACACCGAGAAGUGGAGUAAGAGGAACACCGAUCAGACAAAGACCAGAUAUAAGAACGGACAAACGUAUCAGACAAGUCAACGUUGGUGAACCGAUUCCUGAGGAACCAUCUGUACCUGGUUCGUCAGAGAGUGAAAAUGCAGGUCCACAGCUCGUGAUUUGGGGUACAAAUGUCGUAGUAAACAGAUGUAAGGAUCAGUUCAAACGCUUUGUAAAACGUUUCAUUGAUCCGGAUGCUGAAAAUGAUGAAUUACCAGAGAACAUGAAUCUUGCGGAGCCACUUUAUCUUCAAAAACUGGAUGAAAUUCACACUUUAGAGGAGCCCUACUUGAACAUAAAUUGUGCACACUUGGAAAGCUUUGACGAACAACUCUACAGACAGCUAGUAUGUUAUCCUCAAGAGGUCAUCCCGACGUUGGACAUGGCAGCAAAUGAAAUGUUCUUUGAAAAGUAUCCAGCCGCGGUGCUCGAUCACCAAAUCCAAGUGCGCCCUUUCAAUGCGACCAAAACGAAAAGCAUGCGCGGUUUGAAUCCAGAGGAUAUAGAUCAGCUGAUUACCAUAUCGGGAAUGGUGACCAGAACUUCGAACGUGAUUCCAGAAAUGCGAGAAGCUUUCUUCAAAUGCAUCGUCUGCUCCUUCUCAACUUUGGUUGAAAUUGACAGAGGCCGUAUCGCCGAGCCUACUUUGUGCACGCACUGUAACACCAACCAUUGCUUCACGUUAGUUCACAACAGAAGUCAUUUUUCAGACAAACAAAUGGUGAAACUUCAAGAGUCUCCCGAUGAUAUGCCAGCUGGCCAGGCGCCGCAUACCGUAAUCCUGUUUGCACACAAUGAUCUAGUGGACGCUGUACAACCAGGAGAUCGAGUGGCGGUAACAGGAAUAUAUCGUGCACUCGGGCUUCAGGUGAACCCCAGGCAAAGUAACGUCCGCUCGGUUUAUAAGACUCAUAUCGACGUAGUUCACUUCAGGAAACAGGAUUCGAAGCGGCUGUAUGAACAAGAGGAUGGUAAGGAUCACGCUUUUCCACCAGAGAGAGUUGAGCUGCUGCAAUUGUUAUCUCAAAAGGAAGAUGUGUACGAACGUUUGGCUCGCAACAUAGCGCCUAGUAUCUACGAAAACGAAGAUAUCAAGAAGGGAGUACUGCUUCAGCUCUUUGGGGGCACGAAAAAGACCCACACCACGUCAGGCAGAAGCCAUUUUCGCGCUGAAAUCAACAUUCUACUAUGCGGUGAUCCAGGAACCAGCAAAUCCCAGCUUCUCUCGUACAUUUACAAUUUAGUACCAAGGUCGCAGUACACCAGUGGCAAAGGAUCCAGUGCAGUCGGUUUGACCGCUUACGUAACAAAGGAUGCUGAGUCUCGACAACUCGUCCUGCAAACUGGGGCCCUAGUUUUGGCGGACAAUGGAAUAUGCUGCAUAGAUGAGUUCGAUAAGAUGAACGAUGCAACUCGGUCCGUGUUACACGAGGUCAUGGAACAGCAAACAUUGAGUAUCGCCAAGGCCGGUAUCAUCUGUCAAUUGAACGCAAGAACGAGUAUCCUGGCUGCGGCAAACCCCUGCGAAUCUCAAUGGAAUAAAAACAAGACGGUGGUUGAAAAUGUGAUGUUACCUCAUACUCUCAUGUCUCGAUUCGACCUGAUCUUCCUUAUUCUUGAUCCCCAAGACGAGCUGUACGAUCGUCGUCUCGCUCGUCAUCUGGUGUCUUUGUAUUACAAGGCCAGACCGGAGAACGAAGACGAUCUCAUCGACAUGAGCAUUCUACGUGACUACAUAGCGUACGCCAAAGAGCACAUUCAUCCAGUUCUGAGUGAGGAGGCUCAGCAAAGUCUAGUCCAAGCUUACAUCGACAUGCGAAGAGUCGGAAGCGGUAAAGGACAGAUCAGCGCUUACCCGAGGCAGCUCGAAUCGUUGAUAAGACUGGCGGAAGCGCACGCAAAACUUCGGUUUAGCAACACCGUCGUAGUGGAAGACGUUGAGGAGGCGUGGAGGUUACAUCGCGAAGCUUUGAAGCAGUCGGCCACAGAUCCAUUGAGUGGAAAGAUAGACGUCGGUAUUUUAACGACCGGAUUGUCGGCAGCAGCUAGAAAACGCAAAAUGGAACUGGCGCAAGCUUUACGCAAGCUGAUCGAAGGCAAAGGAAAAGUACCCACACUGAAUUAUCAGAAAAUAUUUGCCGAGCUGAAGGAAAGCUCCCAGAUCCUGGUAACAAGAGAGAUGUUCGAAGAUGCACUGAAGGAGCUGCAAGAUGACGGCUUUGUCAUCGUUAUCGGUAAGAAUACCAUCAGAGUCUGUUGAAAAUUUGAUAUCAUUUUGUUUGGCCAAUUUUCAUCAGAUAGUUCGAAUGGGAUUAAUCGUAGGAAGAAAAUUUUUUUUUUUCCAAUUCAUGCGUUUUUCUCAACCAUUCGAACAACCGCGUAACAGUAUCCGAAAACGGAUACGUUUUGACGAUAUUAAGAUGACGAGUUUCUCGAAAAAUCCGUGCCAUCCUCCGAUAAAGUAAGAAAGAAAAAUACAUCCUUUCCAAACAAAUUUUAAACCGAGAACACUGAGCGUUGGCGGAACUGUAUUGUUUGUAUUUCUUUCCUCCGAGUGUUCUUCGUGAGACUACAGCUUAAAAACAGCCCGAGAUUAGCGCCUAAACAAAUAAUGGUUGAUCGGGCUCUUUGAAUUUUAUAGUUUUUUAAAAUCCCAGUUUAAAAUUAAUUUAAUGCUUAAUUUCGUGUACCUUUAGAAUAUAAUUUUAUCCUCUUCUUGUUUUUUUAUUUUAAUAAACGUUUUGAAACACA